AUGGCCGCCACCCAAGUCAUCUCCGAGAACUUCCACCUCGCCGGGGCCCGCAAUGCCCUUAGCAAGGAGGCAUGCAUGAAGCUCUACGACGAAUGGGCCGCCUCAUACAACAACGACCUCGCCGAUGCAUCCCAGAACUACGUUGCGCCCAUUCUGACAGCCCAGACUGCCAUCCAAUACAACACCAACCCCCGGGCCACCGUCCUGGAUGCCGGGUGCGGCACCGGCCUGGUCGGCGAAGCCCUAGCCAAGAGCAACAGCCUGGUCAUUGACGGCGCCGACCUGUCCCCUCCCAUGCUCAAGAUCGCCAAGGACACUGGCGUCUACCGUGAUACACUGCUCGUCGACCUGACAAAGGCCAUCGACCGACCUGACGAGUCGUACGACCUCAUUACGUGCUGCGGCACAUUCACACGCGGCCACGUCGGCCCCGACCCAGCACUCCGCGAAUUCAUCCGCCUACUCAAGCCCGACGGCAUCAUCGUCGCCACAAUCCUGCAGGAGAUCUGGCUGUCAGGUGGCUACAAGGCUGAAAUCGACAGGAUCGAGUUCGAGGGGCUGGGGAAGGUGCUCAGCAAGGACGUGAAGGACUACCGCAGGGGCCCCGGCGACAAGGCCACAUUCCUUGUCUUGAAGAAGAGCUCUGCCUGA